CGGUUUAUUCCACAACAUUUAUAUCAGAUUCUAGAGUUUCAUCUUAACCCCCAAUCUCCACCUUACUCUGUUCCAAUUCUCUCCGUAUCGGAAGAAAUCCAGCUCAUCACCGCGUUCCUCUUUCCUAAUUGCAUCUAUCGCCGGCGACGAUGCACGAAACUGAUAUUCACGAUUUGUCCGACGACGCCGAUUAUGCUGCAGCGUCGAAACAAGGCUCAUCAAGCGUGACCCGUAGUGACAGUAGCAAGAGAAGCUCUUCUAGUGACCCAGAAGAUGCCCAAAUAGUUUACCUCAAGGAUAAUGUUACAAUUCAUCCAACUCAAUAUGCCACAGAAAGGAUCAGUGGGCGUUUGAAGUUGAUCAAGCAAGGUUCUUCACUAUAUAUGACAUGGAUACCUUAUAAAGGCCAAAGCUCAAAUCCAAGGUUGUCUGAGAAAGACAAAAAUUUGUAUACCAUAAGAGCAGUACCAUUUUCUGAUAUCCAGUCAAUUCGUAGGCAUACACCAACAAUUGGGUGGCAGUAUGUUAUUGUUGUUUUAUCAUCUGGUCUAGCAUUCCCUCCUCUUUACUUCUAUAGUGGAGGAGUCCGGGAGUUUCUUGCUACAGUUAAACAACAUGUCCUUAUUGUCAGAUCAUCAGAAGAUGCGAAUGUAUUUCUUGUAAAUAACUUUCAAGAUCCUCUUCAAAGAACUUUGUCUUCAUUGGAGCUUCCAAGAUCUCUUGCAAAUGGAACACCUUCAUCUUCAUUCAGAGGCUCUCCCUCUGAUAACAACAAUCAGGAGAGACUUGAUACAGUCACUACUUCAGAAGACAAUCAUUCGGGCAGCGGGCAGCAAAACAUCAGGCAGAGGCAAAAAACUCAUGACCCUGCCCGAGAUCUUUCCAUUCAAGUUUUAGAAAAAUUCUCUCUUGUCACAAGGUUUGCCCGGGAAACAACCUCCCAACUCUUCCGUGACAACCUUGUUGAUGGUCAUGGUCAAAGUCAAAGUCAAAGUCAAGGUGAAAGGAGGAGAAAUAACUGGGCUUCAAAAGACCACCAGCCUCUUGAAAUGGCCCCCAUUGAUGACCCAAUAGUUCCCAAAUUAGUCCCUGUACCUUCUGACCCUAUCGAGUUUGAUAAAUUAUCACUGGUAUGGGGAAAACCAAGGCAGCAUCCUUUGGGGGUUGAAGAGUGGUCAAGCUUUUUGGAUUAUGAAGGCCGAAUCAUGGAUCCAGAUGCUUUAAAAAAGAGAAUAUUCUACGGGGGAGUGGAACAUAACUUGCGAAAAGAGGUUUGGGCAUUUUUAUUGGGGUAUUAUUCAUACGAUUCCACAUACGCAGAGAGGCAGUAUGUUGUCUCAGUGAAAACAGCAGAGUACAUGACUAUCAAAAACCAGUGGCAGAGUAUUUCCCCGGAACAGGCUAAAAGGUUUACAAAAUUUAGAGAAAGGAGGGGUUUGAUUGAGAAAGAUGUGGUAAGGACUGACAGGUCAUUAUCGUUCUAUGAGGGUGAUGAUAAUCCAAAUGUACGCCUUUUGCAUGAUAUAUUGCUGACUUACUCAUUCUACAACUUUGAUCUUGGUUAUUGCCAGGGCAUGAGUGAUCUCCUCUCUCCUAUAUUGUUCAUCAUGCAAGAUGAAUCAGAAGCUUUUUGGUGCUUUGUUUCUUUAAUGGAAAGAUUAGGACCAAAUUUCAACCGUGAUCAAAACGGCAUGCACUCUCAACUCUUUGCACUAUCAAAGCUGGUGGAACUUCUUGACAGCCCAUUACACAACUACUUCAAACAAAACGACUGCUUGAAUUACUUCUUCUGUUUCCGCUGGAUCCUCAUCCAAUUCAAAAGGGAAUUCGAAUACGAUAAAACAUUAAGGCUAUGGGAAGUAUUAUGGACACACUAUCUAAGCGAACACCUUCACCUAUACGUAUGCAUAGCAAUUCUCAAAAGACACCGAGGCAAAAUAAUGGGGGAGGAAAUGGACUUUGAUACCCUUUUGAAAUUCAUAAAUGAAUUGAGUGGUCAAAUUGAGCUUGACCCGGUUCUUCGUGAUGCCGAGGCUUUAUGUGUGUGUGCGGGUGAAAAUGGGGCGGCUUCAAUUCCGCCCGGAACACCUCCGGCAUUGCCGAUUCCGGAAGCGUCCAUAUAUCAACAGCAAGAUGAUGAGGUGUUGUAGAACCAAGGAAAUAUCAAGGUAAGUAUUUGUUUUUGGAAUGUUAAUUUUGAUAUUUGAAAAAAAAAAUGUUUUAUUUUGCAAGUUGUGAAAAUACAAGACUGGUGGUA